AGGAAGUGUCCGAUCUAUUCGUUGUAUUUCUGUAGAGUCAACUCUCAGUCAAACUACCUUCAAAGAGCGGUUAGAGGACAGUAAUUUUGAGUGCCUAUUGAGAUCAUAACAUGGACUCGGAGAUUUUGAAUAUAGAGGAGAUUGUGAUGGGACGGGGUCUGCCGGAUCCACCUCCAGAGGUCCCCCCUGAAAAACCAGCGGAACCAUACAAACCCAUCAGCAUGAAUGGGCCUCCUGCACCCGCUGUGCAAUCAUACCAGCAUGAAAAUCUGCAGUGUUUCCAGUGCUUUAUCACUUUCUGCAGUGCCAAAGCCAAGGAGAGACACAUGAAAAAGAGUCAUCGAGAAGAAUAUAAGCAACAGCUUCAGCAGGGAAACACACUGUUCACAUGCUAUGUGUGCGACCGCACAUUUUUGUCAUCUGAGGAACUGACACAGCACCAGCCAACACACAGCAAAGAUGACAAGCCUUUUAAAUGUGUUCACUGCAAAGAGAGCUUUAAAACAUUUUCUGAGCUCACAUCUCAUAGAAGACAGGUGUGUCCAGAGAGGCAGUUGGUAUGUAAAGACUGCAAUGAAAUUUUCCGAAGUGCUGGGCUGCUGCGUGCUCAUCGCCUGACCCAACAUCCUCGUCCAGAAGUAGAGACUGCAGAGACACCAGAAGACCCAACGAAAACUCAUCGCUGUAAGAAAUGUGGUCAGGGCUUUGAAACAGAGCCUGAGUUGGUAGCACACCAGGAGAAGUACCCCGAAGGUCAGCAGUGCAAUGGCAGUGCUGCAUCUGCCAAGAAGCGAGGGCGGCCUAUCAAAACUGAAGAUGCAUCAGCCGCUGAGAAGAAGGGAAAGCGGAAAAAGAAGGACGAGACAGAAGCUCCUGAGGAACCAGAAAAGGCUGGUGGGACCUCGGAGUCAGAGCCGGCAGCAACAGCAGAGGAAAAAGGAAAAGCAGGCGGUGCAAAGCGAGGCCGUCCACCUAAAACAGCAUCGAAAUCAGAAACAGAGGACAAGACCCCAGCAGAUGAUAUUCAAGCCCCAAAGGAGAAGAAACCUAAAGCAGAUCCUGCCCCACCUCGUCAGCACCCCUGUCCGGAAUGUGACCUUACAUUCCCCGGCUUGGUCCAGCUCCGUGCUCACAAAAAGGAGAAACACACCCCACGGAAAGCUCAUCCCUGUGAAGAAUGUGAAGAGAGUUUUGCCCGUCCUGAGCAGCUGGACGCCCACAUGUCACGGGCUCACGCCGUCGGCCGCUUUGCCUGCUCAACCUGCGGGAAGAGCUUUGGCCGUGAGCGCACCUUGAAGGCUCACCAGAAAAGCCACUCGGAAGAGGAAAACCCAACUACAAAGAGAUAAUUGAGACAUGGGAAUGUGCCAGAGAGUGAAUGGUUAUUGAAGAUUUUAGUCAGGAAUUGUCCUUUUUCCUUUUAACAUUGGAGAUCGGAAGCUACAAAUGAUUUAGAUGAGCUUGGGAAGAUUUUGAGAAUGACAUUUUAACAAGUUAUGAAUUAAGUUGUGAUUAUUAAUAUCACAAAAUUGUUGAGUUUGGUUUUGAGCUCUUGAAAUUUGGACGAACGGAUACAUCUCCUAGAUCGACUAACCAAAUGUUGAACCCAUCUAUUACACCCUUUGUCUCAAAAAUAGUUUAUUUGUAAAAACAAAGUGUUUUGAUUAACUUUUUUAAUGAUUUGUUUCUUUUUUUAAGUGAAAUGAGAGUGGUGUGACUUCUUUCUUGGCUUGAGUUGUUAAAUUCAUUUUGUGGUAUUUUGUUCCUUUUUUUUUUUUUUUUGUUCUUGAUUUUCAGAAACAGAUUGGGUAAUUAUAUUAAAGAAAAUUAGACUCCUAUUAGAGAUACUAUGUUGGAAUGUGUAGACAGUUUGUCAAAUGUGUCAUGUACAGCUUCUGGUUCAUAUUGUGUAUUUUUUACAAUUAAUAUUUUGAUUAUUUUCCUUUCUAAAUUAAUUCUCAUUGAGGAAGAAUUUUAAAAUACAUCAUUAUUUUCUGCUUAAACAUUGUUUUGGCUGAGUUCUCCAGAUUCAAUGUGGAGUGUUUGGCAUGUGGGCAGAAAUGUUCCACUAUAAUCAUGAUUUUUUUUUCUCUUACUGUAAAAUUUAUUUCUUUAUUUUUUCACCUAUUAGAAAUAUAGUUCAUAUCUUUGACAUUUCUUCAAAGGCUCUUUAAUGCCUUGGAGUCUCAUAAAGAACUAUGUAUAUCAAGUGUUAUUCACUGAUUGGAUUGUUUCUCUCCCCACUGAAAUGUGUCUGGACACUGCAAAAAUGUAAUAAAACAUACUUUCACAAGGGAGACAGCUGA